AUGUUCCAGACGCCGUUCUUAAGCUCCGUGCAUGAUCAGUACAACCGUGUGACGAGUGGGAAAAUGAGGCAGAGUGGCCCAGCCUCGUGGUCCGUAAAAUCGUGCAACAACCGGCCUCGGCCCCGUCUCGGCUCCUCGGGCUGCGACCGGCUCGGCGUCGCUGUCCCCGCGGAGCCGCUCACUGCGCGGGGGAGUCUGCUGCGCCCGCCGCCGCUCGUGUCGCCGCCGCCGCUUGUGUCGUCGCCGCCGCUUGUGCCGCCGCCGCCGCUUGUGUCUGUGUCGUCGCCGCCGCUCCGCAACGACCACUGCCGUCCUCUGCCCUGCAGCUGCCGCCGCUGCCGCCGCCGCUUGUGCCACCGCCGCCGCCGCUUGUGCCGCCGCCGCUUGUGCCGCCGCCGCAGCUUCCGCCGCUUGCGCCGCCGCCGCCGCCGCUUGCGUCGCCGCCGCCUGGGGACCGGCUGUGUGACUAGGCCACAAUCAGCAGUGAGUAAACAUGUUCCUCAGGAACUUAAGAAGUGUGGAGUUAGCACAACAGUCAGAGUACGUGACGCAACGUACGACACGACUCUCGUGGAGGAAGAAGGCGUCCCUGUCCUCGACUGGCCUUGUGAUGACGGCGCACCACCGUCCAACCAGGUUGUUGACGGCUGGUUAAGUCUCGUGCAAAUUAAGUUUCGUGAAGAACCUGGUUGUCCUAUUGCUGUUCAUGGUGUUGCCGGCCUCGGGAGAGCUCCGGUGCUUGUUGCCCCAGCGUUAAUUGAGGGUGGAAUGAAAUACGAAGGUGCAGUACAGUUCACAAGACAAAAGCGGCCUGGAGCUUCUAACAGCGAGCGGCUUUUCUACUUGGAGAAGUAUCGCCCUAAAAUGCGGCUGCGCUUCAAAGACUCCAGUGGUCGUAGAAAUAACUGUUGCAUUCAUAAAAGUGGAGGGGCCUGACACUGUUGCUUUGGAAGUGGACCUGAGGCGGGACCUAAUUUGUCAUGCAUACUAGCCAACUUGUUGGCGUGGUGAAUAAGUCUAAUGAAACC